CUGCAGGAGCUUUCUCUUUCUUACUUUAGCGCUGCGUGCUGUUCGGGCCCUGGGCUGGGCUUCUCUGCUCAUACAACCCAAGCUGCGCAGGAAUAAGGACUCCAGUAUAAGGCCGCCGUGUUGGCUUAGUUUUUUCCUGUCACUGUCUGUAACUGUAGUGAGCUGCGUCACAUACAGCAAUGUUUAAACUGCUUUUCUUGGCUGUUUUCUGUGUGGCUGCCAAAGCCAGUGAUGUGCUAGAAUUCACGGAUGACGAUUUUGAGACCAAAAUUGUGGAUCACGACCUUAUUCUCGUGGAAUUUUUUGCACCGUGGUGUGGCCACUGCAAGAAACUUGCCCCUGAGUAUGAGGCCGCAGCGACACGUCUUAAAGGCAUUGUCCCAUUGGCAAAGGUUGACUGCACAGCCAAUAGCAAUGUGUGUGGUAAAUACGGUGUAAGUGGAUAUCCAACACUCAAGAUCUUCAGAGACGGAGAAGACUCUGGGGCUUAUGAUGGUCCUCGAACUGCAGAUGGAAUUGUAAGCCAUCUGAAGAAGCAAGCAGGACCUGCCUCAGUGGAGAUUAAGACACUGGCUGACUUGGACAAGUUUGCUGAAGAUCGUGAUGCCAGUGUCAUAGGCUUUUUCCCUGAUGCAGCCAGUACCUCCCAGGCAGAAUUUCUGAAGGCUGCAGGGGCCCUGAGGGAGUCUUACCGCUUCGCGCACACCAAUGCUGAGGAGCUGCUGAAGAAACACAACAUUGAAGGAGAGGGAAUUGUUCUAUUCCGUCCUCCACGUCUCAACAAUAAAUUCGAAGAGAACUCUGUGCUGUACACUGACGAGAAAUACACCAGUGCAAAAAUUAAGCGAUUCAUCCAAGAUAACAUCUUUGGAAUUUGCCCCCACAUGACUGAGGACAACAAAGAUCAGCUUAAGGGCAAGGACCGGUUGGUGGCUUACUAUGAUGUGGACUAUGAGAAGAACCCUAAAGGCUCCAACUAUUGGAGGAACAGGGUGAUGAAAGUAGCCAAGAGCUUCUUGGACCAGGGGAAGAAGCUGGCCUUUGCUGUGGCCAACAAGAACAGCUUUAGCCAUGAUGUUUCAGAGCUGGGGCUCGAUGCCAGCACUGGUGAGCUGCCUGUGGUUGGCGUCUGGACGGCCAAAGGAGAAAAAUACGUCAUGCAGGAGGAGUUUUCGCGUGAUGGAAAAGCCCUUGAGCGAUUUAUUCAGAAUUACUUUGAUGGGAAGCUGAAGCGUUACCUCAAGUCUGAGCCAAUCCCUGAAAACAAUGAUGGCCCAGUGAAGGUUGUUGUGGCUGAGAGUUUUGAAGAAAUAGUCAAUGAUGCCAGCAAGGAUGUCCUGAUUGAGUUCUACGCACCCUGGUGUGGUCAUUGCAAGAGCUUGGAACCCAAAUACAAAGAGCUGGCAGAGAAACUUGUCAAUGAUCCCAACAUUGUCAUUGCCAAGAUGGAUGCCACAGCCAAUGAUGUGCCCUCACCCUAUGAAGUCAAAGGCUUCCCCACAAUCUACUUUUCUCCAAUGGGAAGCAAGCAGAGCCCAAAGAAAUAUGAGGGUGGCCGUGAAGUGAGUGACUUCAUCUCCUACCUUAAGAAGGAGGCAACCAAUGCCCCUGUGGUCCAGGAGGAUGAGAAGAAGCCCAAGAAGAAGAAGAAGACAGAGUUGUAAAGAUCUCUGUUGUGGAAGGGAGUUUGCAGGAGAGAAUUUGCAAUGUAUAGAGUCCUUGAGAAUGUCCUGAUCAUGCUGGUGUUCCUGUGAAAGGUGAGCCACUCUGGGACCACUGAGCACAUGAUCAUAGCCAUAUGUGGCUUUGAAGGGACCGCUUUCCAGCUGAGAUUUCCCUUUUCCUUGUCUGUCCCCUAGACAGAUGCACUUUGAGGCCCGUUCUAAGUAUAGGUUACAAGGGGUGGGAGGAUGUUGGAAUUACCUUUUGUUCUUGGUUUUGUUUCUUUGUUUGGUUUUUGGUACCACAGUUUGUUUUGUACAUUUGGAAGAAUUAAAAAAAUAAAGGCCCAAAUGACCAAAC